AAAGCAGUCUAGACCAGAGACCAGGUACCAGGACCAGAGACCAGGACUACAGUCAGACCAAAGACCAGAGAAGACUAAGAUGGAGAAGAAGAUGGAGGUGGUGCUUUUGUUCGGGAUCCUGCUGCAUGUCUCGUCCAUUUCAGUUUUCAGUCUGACCAACUCCUCGACCGUGGCUCCAAACACCUCAACCAUUGUGAACCAAUCAACAAUCACCACAGCCUCAAACAAUCAAGCAACCCUCACCACUCUGAACAACAACCAAUCAACAAUCAGCCCUACUACAACCUUCAACCAAUCAGGAGCUACCACGGCCUUCAACCAAUCCACAAUCAAUGCCACCACAGCUUUCAACCAAUCAACAAUCAAUGCCACCACAGCCUUCAACCAAUCAACAACCAAUGCCACAACCACUGUUCCUCCCGGCAACAGCAGCCAAUCAACAGUCACCUCCACCGCCGUCUCGGGCCAAUCAGGAUCCAGCACAGCCAUGACCAGCACCGUCUCCAGCCAAUCAGCUUCCACCUUCACAUCCCCCACAACAGUGCCCCCCGCUGGUGUCCCGGGGUGGGCCAUCGCUCUACUUGUGCUCGCUGCAGUGGCUCUGCUACUGCUGCUGCUGCUGCUGCUCGCACUGUGCAUCUGGUGCUGCCGUAGGGGGCGCUCUGGCAGCACAGUCCUGUAUGAGAACUACAGAGAUGACAUCCCCCUGUACAACACCCACGGGCGCUUCGAGAGGACAGCAGGGGUCCAGGAAGUGGCUGCAGGAGGAGCACAGGCCUGACCAAUCAAAGAGCUCCUAUCCGGGCCUGAUCAAUCACGUGGAUCCUUUCGUCCUUCUGUUAUUUUCUUUUCUUUAUGUUCUUUUGGUCAUUUUUCAUUUCACUCCUGACUUUGUGAUUUACGACACAUUUAAAUAAAUAUAAUA